GCGCGAAGGAUGUUGAUAAACGCCAAGUGUUUAGUGCUCACACUUUUGAUCGAUAGCGUGGUUGUAUCUCGGUGGCCACCGCUUUGUGUAUUGAUAGCCAAUUAAAACAGGCGCAUUUUGCAGUCGCUGAUUUUGCGAAAGUUGGAUUUUCCUACUUUCCUUCGAUGUGGUUAUUAUAUUAUGUUGCGUUUAGCAGUUUUUUUCCUACUUGGCCUGUGUAUGAUAAAUGUGUGGCAGUGCAGUGACUCUUUUCUGCGGGUCCGUGUGGAGCUCAGCUGGUUCGUGUAGGUAAACUUGGAUUGAACCUGUCGUAGCCAUUACCGUGGACGAUGUUGUCCAACCGUAAACCAAAAGAAGGAAUAGAACGUGUGGUUUACAAAAGGCAAAACGUGAAAUUAGUAAAUUCACAAAGGUUUUGCGAAAUGUUGUUCCGUGAUCGAUUGGAACAAAAGUGCCUAAUUUAGUCGUAGUGUAUGACAAGUAGAGUUGAGUAACAGCAAAGCAUCACGGAGAAAUGUGUUCACCUUAACCUGCUGAUAGGCGAAGUGUCAACCCACUCUCUGUAAGCUCUCCCAUGUGUGUGAUGCAAACCAAACAAGACUGGCGCAGGUGUGUGAGGUGAGACUUGGAAUUGACGAAGGAAAAAAAUACAUACAUAUUGGAACGGGAGACACACGAUCAGAAACAGUAUUUUUUACAUAAUUCACUUUCUUGGGAUCGUUUGGUUAAUAUUUUGGCUGUCUGUAACCUUGUACGUAAAGUGAUUUGAUUUCCGUUCCUCGAGUGACAAGUGUGAAUGGAAACACCUUUAAAGCUCGGCUGAAGAGUUGCAUGUCGUGAAAGGGCUUCGGCCAAAAACCAAGACACAAACAGCGAAAGGGAGAGUACAUAGGAGUAAAAAGUAGUGUUUUUCGUCAUUAAUUAUCGCAUUUUUCACCGCUAUGUAUGAAGUGCAUUUUGUUUAGUAACAUCGUCUGUUGUAUUGCUGUUGGUGCUCUGCUUCGGUAUGGGUGUGCGAUGCAUGAAGUGCAUCAUAAAGAGGCGAGCAGAAAGUCAUGAAAAAAGCAUAAAGAAAUACAGCGAAAUAACGUAACGGAAAAAAGGUUGUUGUUGUUGUCGACGCAGAAGCAAAGGAACCAAAACAAGAUCACGUUUUCCUUCUUUUCCCCGCGUCGUUACAAGAAAAGUGACCACCGUUGUCGCUUUCGGAGAUUGGUCCGCAUUGUAGGUACGUAACAUCACGCAUCACGAUGCGCAUAUGUACAGAUGCGUGAAGUUCACCAGUUUUCCGGUAGAUGGAUGGAUCACGUGUAUGCUUGAACGCUGAAACUGGAUUUUCAAAAGACAUUCCAUCCACCCCGGCACUUCUGGUAACUGAAUGACCAUCUAAGAGAUUGCGCGUUUUUUUACUACCAUUCAACAACGCGGCACUUAAUUGGAUACCGUUUGUCCAGACUAAAUGCGCCGAUGCGAUGACUGCGCGGCAUCUACUUAUUGGUGCUUUGAUUGAACCUGAUGCCAGCGGCUGGAAGAAGACACGCUUCUUGACCUUAUCGCAAAUUAUCGCUUUUAUUGGAGAUGCCCCGGAGCCAGUUGACCACCUCGAAGAGAUGAGGCGCCGAUCUAGGAUGAAGGUUCUCAAGAUCUUGCAGUCGUUCUCGCAAGGGACAUUCAUUGCGUUCAUACUAUCGCUUCUCUACUGCGGCCACAUCAGCAUAGCGGAACCUGGAUAUUUAGACUUCGACAAUCUUCCGGAGACGAACUUUACUUGUGCUGGAAAGGUGAUUGGCGGUUACUAUGCCGAUCUGGAAGCCUCCUGCCAAAUGUUCCACGUAUGUACCAUUGGACAAGGGGACGAACCGAUGGACAUCAAGUUCCUAUGCCUGAACGGAACAGUGUUCGAUCAAGAGACCCGCGUUUGCGAACGCGUCGACGAAGUUGACUGCUCAAAGUCAGAAAGGUUUUACUACCUUAAUCUGGAGCUAUACGGUAAUACGAUCAUUCCAUCGCCAGAAGAGAGUAGCUCGGAGGAAUCUUCGAGCAGUGCCAGCAGUCCAUUGUCGACUUCGACGUCGACUACCCCAACGACGACCAGCACAUCCACUACCACAACCAAAAAGCCCUUAACGACAACGCCAUCACGUAGAUAUAUCUUCAACAAUAGUAAAGGAAGUUCAAUCGUGUCGUCUUCGACGUUGGCCACGCCCACGCACGGUUAUUCGACUACCACUUUGAAACCAGGGGAAGCGGAAGAAGAAUACGAAUACGAAGACGAAGAGUACGAUGACACUAAUUCGAAGGAUGGUUCAGCGGCCGCUGGACCCAAUCUAGAGGACGACGGUGGAUCUUUCUCACCGCAACAAUUCACUUUGCACCAGCAGACGCAAAAUAGUCAACCAAAACCGGAAGAUCCGGCUAAAACCGGCUCCAAGCCAGCUGUAUCUUUCCAACAGCAACACUUCCAAAACGGCGGAACCCUGACUGUGACCAAUUCUCAUGUGACCGUCACUACCCACACGACCAGUAGUAGCAGCUCCGGAGGAAGUAGUAGUAGUAGUAAUUCUAGUAACAAUCCAACUAGCCAAAAGAAAAAUGCUCAACAAUUCCUUACCCAAAAAGAGAAACAAGCACUCGAGCAUCAGAAGCUCCAGCAACAACAAGCUCUUCUGCAGCAGCAGAUGCUAGCCAAACAACAUGAAGAGUUGCAGAAGAAACAGCAGGAAGCUGCUGUCCAGCAGCAACAGAAGGCCAUCCAGCAGCAGCAGAAACAAGUCCAACAGCACGAAUCCGAAAUAAAGAACCAUCAAGCUCAACUCCUCCUGCACACGCAGAAGAUCAAUCGCCAGCAGCAGAAAUCAAUUCCGAACAAAUCACCAUACAAUCCGUACGGGACCAUAACUGUUCAACAGCAGCAGCAGCAGCAGCAACACCAACAACAAUCUCAAGAACAAUCAUCGCAAUCGCAAGCACCAAAGAGAAUCCCAUUGUUGGCAGCGGUGAACCCUGCCGGACCGCCUCAGCAAUCUCCGGUGGCAUCACAAGCAUCGGCCGUGUCACAGUUGGCCCCAUUUCGGCUCAGGGCACAGGGCUUCAAACUGCCCUCCCAACAGCAGGAGGACCGUUUCGAAGGAUACCGUAGGCAGCCACCCCCGCAGGUCUCCUUACAUCUGCCCUUUGAACAGCUACGUCACCAGAAAGACAUUUCGCUUCAGUUCGAUCCGGAAGAGGAGGAUCUCACCCAGAUCCCGGACCGCAAAGAGCUUAAACGGUCCGAUCCACCCUUCCACAGUUCAAUCCAUGGCAACAAUACUCCCCCUCCAGUAUCGCUGAAAACCUCGGUAAUCGCUUCAAGCCAGGCUCAACCCACAGCGUCGAUCGACUUCAAACAGCCGGAGCUGGAUUCAGGCAGCUACCCGGACGAUCCGGUCGAGUACUACGACGAAGACUACAGCGCCGAGCCGGCCAGUGGCAAUCCUAGUUUAGAUAACGUUAAGUCAAACUCCGAUAGCGAUGCGGUGGUAACCCACAAACGCUCCGGCGAGGAUCAACUGGGCGACCCUAAGAUUCUCGCCAGUGCGGGUCUGCCAACCACGCAAGCGAGCAGAACUAGUAGCGUAAGCGGUAACAAUAGCUCUAAGUCUAAGAACACUAGUAGAUUUAUCAUUAACAAUGAACAUCACAAAAGUCCAACCUCGUACAAUGGUAAUCGAGGUCGAGCCGGACGGCAGUACGACGGGCGGCCACCUGCCCCAAGAGUGCGGGCGAGCUACAACCCGCAGCCAAAGGUAAUCGUCACCACCAGUACCUCGAUACGGGAUAGUAACGGCCGGACGAUCAACUAUUCCAUCAAUAGCAGCAAUUCGUCUCCCUCGACGACCGCUGCCAGCCACGUGGCCUCCAACGCCAAAUACCGAGAGCUCCCAACGAGGGGCUACGAUGAGUACAAAGAGGACGAUGUCCUUACGGAUCCGUUCUUCCUCGAUGUACCGAAGCUAGGCGGCGGAAACGGGCGAAGAAAACGAGACGCUUCUUCCCAGCGGAAACGAAGGAAAUCAUUCUUGUACAUUGUUCCUCGAUUUAUGUAACUAAAAUGCAAACAGUCCGUAGAAUCUCUACUACAGGAACAUCUCGCCCUCCCCCCAAAACAAAGAAGAGAUAACUUAGAAGUCUUGAAAAGAUAUUUCUAUUGAACAAAGCACGCAACAUACUGACUCUAGUUUUAAUGUAGGCAAAAGUAAUUUCGUUAGAAUAUUUUCUCUGUAAAUAUUACUACCCUGUGUUUCGAAAGCAAGCAACAAAUCCAAGCGAUAUGAAUCAAUACUCAUUUAAUAUAUACAUUUAUUCUUGCUAUUUUAAAAUAUAAAUACGGUUCUUUAACAUUCCGUCAAAAAACGAUUAGCCACGAAAACAGUUUCAGAAUUUAAUUCCACAAUUUACAACAGCAAAAAGCAGUUCUGUCGAACUGUCGGUUAUUGUUAGUUAGCUACCGGAUACAUAUACAAAUUAUCUGCGAAAAAUUUUCAAAUUAUAUUGAUGAAACAGAAUUAUCAAAAAAGUGUUGCUAAAUUUAAGAAACGUUUUAAUUUCGGUUAAAUUCAAAGUGGGACGUGCAUUCCAUACGGACUAAAAGGAUCCAAGCAACCUAAAAGGGAUGUCUCUUUUACCGCGAAUGUUCAAAGUGUUCCUAUUUCUGAUAUGUAUAGAACGAAGAUUUACAUUUUUUAUCUGUUUUUGACAAGUAUUUAAUCAUCUAGAUACGGAACUUUUUAUGAAUAUUUAUACUAUUGAGAUAAUUUUAUUUUGACAAUAACUCAUCGUGAGUCAAUCAAUCCAAAAAAAUCAUUUUUCCGCAAAUAAAAUUAGAUUCAACUUGUGAGAAAUUUCACCUUAAUACCAAUCGUCAUUCGAAGCCGUUUUCUAAGCUAUGUUUCAGGGGGAAUGUUAAAGAAUCCUUAAAUACUUGUACAUUGAAUAUUAAGAAAAUGAAAAAAUAAGUUAAAAUUUCGGACAAAUGAGGAUUAGUGAUAAUAAAAUUGUAAUUAUAAAAAAAAAACUUUUAAUCUUAAUCUAUUGUAACUAAUUUAAUACUUUUCGUAGCGAACUAAGCUUGUGUAAGUCUUGUACAGAGAAAAUAUGCAGUUUAAGGAAAAAUAUACAAUCAGCAUCAAUGUGUAUGAACAAGUUAUGGACUUUCGAUAGUAACCAGAGAAGCACGUGCAAAACUAGGAACAUCAAGACAUGGAUUUUAGAAGAAAAAAACAAAGAACAAGCAUCGCGGAAACACUUAUGUAAAUGGUUGACGAUACGCUUUCCGGUUCGGUUGUUAAGAGAAAAUAGAUCUGAAAUGAAAAAUGUCAAUCUGAAAAUGUA